UGAAUUCCUCAUAGCUCUCCGUUCUUUCUCUCUCUUAAAAAAUAGCUAUAGCACGUUUACCGAGAAGAUCGGCGGUUGCGGCGGAGAUCCGGCGAGGUUGUCAUUUUCCGGCAAUGUACAGCGCACGCGCUCUCAGUGUUGUGGUACUUUCUGCUGUUCUGGUUGUACUUAAUUGUGCUCAUGAUGUCUCAGCUCAGGGAUCUAACACUCCAAGUCCAUGGCAGACAUUAAGCGGAAAGCCACCGUUGGUGGUGGCACGUGGCGGGUUUUCGGGCCUGUUUCCGGAUUCUAGUCUUUUAGCUUACAAUUUGGCAGUGGGAUUAAGUGUAUCAGAUGUAAUCUUAUGGUGUGAUUUGCAGUUGACAAAAGAUGCUGCUGGGAUUUGCUUUCCUGAUAUCAAGUUAAACAAUGCUUCCAACAUUGAUACUGUUUAUAAAAAUCGGCAAAAGACUUACCUUGUUAAUGGCGUCCCAGUCGGUGGAUGGUUUCCCAUAGACUUCACCCUGAAUGACCUAUCAAGUGUCUUCUUAACUCAGGGAGUCUUUUCUCGAACUAAUAAGUUUGAUGGCAGUGGAUUCCAAAUUCUCACUGUUGAAGAUGUGGCCGGACAAGUGAAACCACCAGGCCUAUGGUUGAAUAUUCAACAUGAUGCAUUCUACACCCAACACAACUUGAGUAUGAGAAGCUAUGUGCUUUCUGUAUCCAGGAGGGUAGUUAUCAAUUAUAUCUCAUCGCCAGAGGUGAAUUUCUUGACAAGUAUUGCAUCACGAUUCAAUCCAAACAUAACAAAACUGGUCUUCAGGUUUCUUGGACAAAAUGAAACUGAGCCUACAAGCAACCAAACUUACGGUUCUCUCUCAAAGAAUCUUACAUUUAUUAAGACUUUUGCCUCUGGGAUUCUUGUCCCUAAGGAUUACAUAUGGCCAGUAGACAAGAGUCUUUACUUACAACCUCACACCUCCCUUGUUGCGGAUGCUCAUAAAGAAGGGCUGGAAGUUUUUGCAUCAGAAUUUGCAAAUGACCUUGUAUUUAGCUACAACCAUAGUUAUGACCCAGUAGCAGAGUAUCUUUCAUUCUUCGACAAUGGUGAUUUCUCUGUUGAUGGUGUCCUGUCUGACUUCCCAAUAACUCCAUCAGCAGCCGCGGAUUGCUUUUCUCACCUAGGAAAUAACGCUUCAAAAAAAGUGAAAGAUCUUUUAAUCAUCUCAAAGAAUGGAGCGAGUGGAGACUACCCAGGUUGUACUGACUUAGCAUACAUGAAAGCUAUUUCAGAUGGUGUAGAUAUUAUUGACUGUCCUGUUCAAAUGUCAAAGGACGGAAUACCACUUUGCUUGAGCUCUAUAAAUCUUAUUGAUAGUACAGAUGCUGCUCAAUCAAGUUUUAGUAACCUUGCAAAGAGCAUUCCAAUUAUACAAGGCAGUGGUAUAUUUACCUUUAGCUUGAAUUGGGCAGACAUUCAAACCUUGCACCCGGCAAUAUCAAACCCAUAUGCUCAGUUCCAAUUGUUCCGGAACCCAAAGUUCAAAAGUGCUGGAAAGUUUCUGAAGUUGUCUGAUUUUUUGGCUUUGGCAAAAAAUGCAAGCUCUCUUUCUGGUGUCUUGAUCAGCAUAGAGUAUGCAGCUUACCUUGCAGAGAAUGAAGGGAUAGGUGCAACUGAUGCAGUAAUUACGGCCUUGAAAGAUGCUGGUUAUGAUAAUCAGACAACUUUAAAGGUUAUGAUUCAGUCCACCAACAGCUCUGUUCUAACGAAAUUCAAGGAUAAUAAAAACUAUGAGCUCGUCUACAAGGUUGAUGAAAAUAUUCGUGAUGCUCUUAACUCCACUGUGGAGGACAUUAGGAAGUUUGCUCAUUCUGUGGUUGUCAAUAAGGACUCUGUGUUCCCUGAGAAUAAUUUAUUCCUCACCGGUUUUUCACAAGUUGUACCAAAGCUACAAGCAUUCAACCUCUCGGUAUAUGUAGAAACUUUCAGAAAUGAGUUUGUUUCUCAAGCAUGGGACUUCUUCUCAGACGCAACUGAGGAGAUCAACACGUACUACCAGGCUGCUGUUGUGAAUGGUAUCAUUACAGAGUUCCCUUUGACUGCUGAUAGAUAUCGAAAAAAUAUAUGUUUAAAUAUGGGCAACAGUACCCCGAUAUACAUGAACCCGGUUGAGCCUGGUAGUCUCAUCGCGGUCGUCACUCCUCCAUACCUACCACCAGCUGAGGCACCGAAUCCCCUACUGACAGAGGCAGAUGUCAUAGAGCCACCACUACCCCCCGUUACAGACAAACAAGCUCCCAGCCCUGGGGGUGGUGGUACAGCAGCUGCUCCGACACAACCAAAUGGACAGCCUAAAAUUGCAGCAGGCAUCUUCUCGUCGCUGGUUACACUCCUCGCCUCUCUCCUCCUGUUUUGACACUAUAAUAUGAUCCUUGUGAUUAUUUUAUGCACUUGUACUUUCUAUCUCAUUGCUUGGAUAUCUAGUAGUAUUAGCUCGGAGUUUUUGCUGCUUCCCCGUCUCACCGCUAAUCCAAUUUUUUGUACCGAACAGAACAGUAGCGAAUUCUUUUCCUGUUAUGUUGUUAUGUUGUAGGUAUGUUCAUUCUAUUUCUACCCCAUGCAUUUUGCAGAUCACAGAAUUCUUGAGAGGUACAUUAUUGUCUUGAUGGAUUCA